AUGUUUGCUUUUAUUGAACGUGAUUCAGGAGUUGAAGAUGAAUGUUCAGCACAAUUUCCACAGCAACUCACAGAAGUAGAGUCGCAUACAAGAAUGAGGCGGGUAAACUGUUGCAAAGAAGUAACUGAAAAUGAAAUAUCGUGGAGAUUACGUUUGAAGCAAUUUGAAAGCGACGUUACAUUCUUCGUCGCAUUAUUCUUCAAAGAACAUUUAUGGCACAAAUUUAAGUUGAAAACAUUUUUCAUUACGAUGCUGUUGCUAUCAAGUUGUAGUCAGCAUCUUCUGAUUUUGAUUGAGGUUAAAGUGACAAUGUGGAAAUAUGCCAUGAUGUUUAUGUUGAUGAAUAAAUGGCUUGGUAUUCAAUGGCAACAAAUUUUCUAUCUUUCAAAUAAGCAACAACUUGAAGUAAAAUAA